AUGGUUUCCAAUAGAUAUGGUCGUGAACACAUUGACGAGCAUACAGAACUCUUCCAACCACAGCUUCCAAUCCUCACGCGCGCAUGGUACUUCAUUCAGCUAUGGGGGCUGAAGAUAGCUAUUGUCCUAACUUUCGGAAUCCUGCGCUUUCUACGACCAGUACCUCCUGAAGCUCGACCUACGAAGCUCUUGGCAUAUCCAUGUCGACCCAAUCUGCCAACGCGAAUCUUUAUUCCAACGUCGAAGCAAAUUGGCAAUGAACCGCUUCCAUUAUACUUGGAUCUUCACGGCGGAGGACAUGCUUUGAUGUUUGCAGAAUUCGACGACGAGAUCUGUGCGACGAUUGCCAAUCGUUUGAACGUUAUCGUUGUGAGCAUCGAGUAUAGUUUGACACCAUCGAAUAGAUUCCCAGUAUUGACAAAUGACGUUGUUGCUAUCGCACAAGCCACAAUCAACAAUCCCGACCUGAACAUUGACAAGUCGCGUGUUGUGUUGGGAGGUUUUAGUGCAGGAGGAAACUUGGCUUUAUCUGCAGCUCAAAUACCUGAUUUACGGGAAAAAUUGAAUGGAGUAAUAGCUUGGUAUCCAGUGAUGGACUUCACGCUCACACCGGACGAGAAGAAAGCCUCGCGACCAUAUCGGAAUGCAAAGGACUUGGAUGACCUACCAGAUUUUGGACCAGUCCUCGAAUGGGGCCAUAUUCCUCCUGGACAGAAUCUCCGCGAUCCACUAUUGAGCACUAGAUUUGUCCGCAAGGACGAUCUCCCCAAAUGGAUAUAUAUAAUCGGGGCAGAGUACGACAUGCUCGCUAAAGAAGCUAGGGAUACAGCUUUUGACCUUGCCGAUUUGGAUGAAGAGGACCGGAAAGAAGGGAUGUAUGGUUUCGAGAAGGAUAGUUAUAAGUGGACACUAGUAAGAGAUGUUCGACAUGGCUUCACCCAUGACUUGAUGGACAAUAGAGGGCCGGAUGCAGAGGCCAUGCGGAAACUCAGGACGGAUGAAAUAUUGGAGCAGGUAGGAGACUGGCUAUUCAAAGGACCUUUUUCAAAACAUUGA